GGUUCAUUCAUAACGACACAUCGUCAAGAAGAAAGUUCCUCCGUCAGGUGUGGUGCAAGGUGUUAAUAAUUAUAUAUUUAUUUGUAUUAGGGGAAAUUUUUGCAUUUUGCAUUGUGACACGUAAAUUAGCAGUGUGUGUUGGAUAUUUUUAAAAAUAAAAAAAAAGAAGAAUCGUGUUAAGAAAUGAAGUUUUACCUACCAGUGGCCCUUAUUCUUACCCAGUGCAUCUUCUGCCUCUGUGAACAGCCAUAUUACCUGCAGCAAUGCAAUCGUGAUGAUCCGGAAAUAAAUUCCUGCCUGAGAGAAUCAGCAAAUAAAUUUGCAAGACACCUCCGAGAUGGGGUUCCCGAGUUAGAACUAGAGGAGGUGGAGCCCGUUAUCGUGGACGAAAUCAGCAUUGUUCUCGGCAAUGGUCCAGAGGGCUAUCGCGCCAUUUUCCGAGAUAUUGAAGCCUUCGGCGUGAGCAAUUUAACAGUGACCAAUAUUCGCUCCGACGUCGACACGCUGCAAUUCCAACUGACGAUGGAGAUACCCAAGAUAAAGGUGCGGGCGCAGUACAGAUCAUCCGGUGUUCUUAUUUUGGUACAAGCUUCGGGAGCGGGUGACUAUUGGGGUCAAUACGAGGGUGUCAAAGCGAAAGUUUAUUUCAAAGCAGUACCUCAGGAGACUAUUGAUGACCUAACUUAUCUAGCGGUGGAACAAGUGAAAAUGGACUUCAGUGUGAAAGAAAUUAAUAUGGGUGUUGAAAAUAUCGCCAAUGGAAAUAGCAUUAUACAGGCAGCACUGAAUCUCUUCAUCAACUCCAACAGCCAGGAACUUCUGAAAGAAAUGAAGCCAGCCCUGAAAGCCAAACUGACCACAGUACUUCACAACUUUAUGGAUAAAUUAUUCGAACGAAUUCCUCUUGAAUAUUGGAUUGUAUGAGACGAGAGAUUUUAAUUAAUUUCCCAACUUUGAUUUAUUUUUCAUUUGAAAUUCAUUUUAAAUUAUUGUAUGAGUUAUAGAAACUUCUCACCCGCGUUUUGUUUUUUUUUUCUUUUCAUUUUCAUCCGUAUAUACUCUUCGCAAUCACAUCUUCUGAAUAAGUAAUUCCCUCACAUAGGUUGCAAUUUAAUGUCCAUUAUAAUCAAUUGUUGAUGAAAAUCUCUUGGCAAAAUAAUACAAAAUUAUGAGAAUCAUGACGGAUGAGAGUUGCAAAGAAUGAAAUAUCGUCGAAUAUUUUGCACUCAAUUCCGUUCAGUUUAGAGGAAAAAUGUUCAAAUAUGCAUAUUUAUGCAGGAAUGAAUAGUAAUUUCUUUUUUAAAUAUCAUUUUCCAAUUAAAAAAUACUUUUAUUGGAUAAGAAAUUAUAUAUGGCGGCAAAAACGUUGGAAUGUCAGUAUUUUAUAUGAAUAAUCGUUUAGGGAUGUCUUUCGAAAACGCUAACAGAGCUAAACACCUGAAAAUUGACUAAACACUAUAGAUAAAUAUCUCCCAUUAUUUUAUGUUUAUUCGCUGAUUUACAUUAAAACAGUUUAUAACGUUAACAGACACAUGUGUAUAUUCUAAAAGAAUACUUUUAUUAUUCAAAAAAUAUCUUCUUAUCACGUGGAAAUUUCUUUUAUUUUUUAACUUUAGAGCAGAUCUUUAUAAGGAAUUCUCAAAAAAAAAAUUUAAUGAUAAGAAGGGACCUGACCUGGGGUUUCAACCAGGUUUCAAAGGGUAUAAGCAUGUUGUUUUAGAUUUAAAAAAAAAACUUAAAAUUAUCAUCAUCAACUUAAAAUUAAAAAUUUAUUGUUUCUGAGAAUUCGGUAAAAUGUUUUAAAAUAUUAUUUACUUAAGAAGAGAUAGGUAUUUUUUUAUUUUUUUAUUUUAAGAGCUCAAAUAUGAAAGAUUUAACUAUUAAAUAGAAAAUAAAACGAAAUCCUACUUAAAAAAAAACUUUUACCUAAUUAAAAAAAAAGUAAAAAGUGGUCUUUUCAAUCUCCGGAACUACCAAAUUUUCAAAAAAAGUCAAGAUUAGAGAAGACUGCAGUUUUUCCCCAAAUAGUCUUUAAUGAACACUAUCAACAUUGCUAAAAAAAAUGAGAAAAAAAACCUGAUAAUGAAUAUUUUGGGAGAACCAGUUAGCACUUCAAAUUCGCAAUCUCAUACACAUUGCCAAUUUCUUUUGAAUUGUGCCAAAAUGCGGAUGUUCUUGUGAUUACUACACAACUCUCGAUUUAUAAGGAGGUGUCAUACGGAAUGUAAUGCAACGUUUCGAUCAGAAUGUAAUUUAAUUUUAAAAUAAAUCAUAUUAUUGUAAGAAAA